CUCGUUUCGGUGAACAUCCUAGAAAAUAAUCUAUUGAUAGCUUUCAUUCUUUCCAACAACUAAUUUUUCACUCUUUCAAAGCUUAUCCGGCUCCAUCCAGACUCUCUUUGGUUAGACACAUACAAUUUAGAUACAACGUAGAAAAAUGUCCUGUUGCUCUCAGAUCCCCCCUGUUCAGGCUGAAUACACUCCCAAGGGCUCUUACACUACCUUCAAUGACUUGAAGACCUAUGCUGUCGGUCCUGAGGACGUCAAGGUCGCUGUUCUCGUCGUGUACGACGUCUUUGCUUUUAGCCCUCAAAUUCUUCAAGGUGCCGACAUCAUUGCAUCCCAAGGUUACCGAGUUGUGAUGCCCGACUUCCUCGUCGGUAACUACGCCACCCCCGAAAUGUUCAAGCCUGGGAACGAGGAAAUGAAGGCCGAAUACUUUUCGAAAUUCCCUGGCGCCUGUGGAAGUCAGUCUGAACCUGUCGCCAAGGCCAUUAACGGAUUGAAGGCAGCCGGACACAACAAAGUUGCCGUCAUCGGGUACUGUUGGGGCUACAAAACAGCUGUUUUGUCUGAAGCUGGUCUCGCUGAGGCUGAUGCUUUUAUCAGUGUCCAUCCUACUUUCCCUGCGGCUGAAGAUGCUGACAAGAUCAACGUUCCCCUCGCUAUGCUUUCUAGUUCCGGGGAAAACAUUAGCAUCAUCAAUGCUAUUCAGAAGGGUGUCGAAUCCAAGAACCCUGGCAAGAACUUUUUCAAACAUUACCCUGAACAAGUGCACGGCUUUGCUGCUGCUCGAGCUGACCUCUCUGGUGGUGCGGCUACAGAGGCCUAUGCUGAAGCUUACCAACUCAUAAUCAAGUUCCUCAGGGACCAAGUGUCUGCAUAGAUAGACGUCAUUCAUGCUAUGGUAUACUUGAUACGUGGAUGCAACUAGUACAACUUGUACAAAUCUCCUCUGCCUUUCCGCUCAUUUGAAUCCCAAAUGCUGCGAAUUGCCUGGCGGUUUCUUCGAUAGGUACUGCUCAUGGUCAUCCGGGUGAUAACAGUCGUAUAGUACAAGAUGCAUUUUCUA